AUGGACGCUCAAUCUUGGAACAACUAUGAAGUCGUCCCAAAAGUUGACGAUCAAGACCCCUUUGAUUUUCUUUCUCAUCUUCCAUCGUUAGAUUUAGGGAUAGAAUGGCAGAACGAAAUGGCCAUUCAAGGGAGCUUUAUCAAUGCUGCUCCUUUGAUGGAAAGCUUCCCCGACCCUUUUUAUUCUUCACUUGAUAUGGUUUCAGCCCCAGCUGUGGCUCAAAAAGGGGAUAUGGUGUUUUGCGAUUAUGGAAACGGGUUUGCCCGGUGGGGAGAGUUGGGGCCUUUAUUUGACCCUGAGAAACAGCAGUUGCCAAUGCUGUGUAACAAUGGAGGAACUUUUUCAGAAGCUAAACCUUCAAAAAAGGAAAUUAGAAGGUGCAGAGAAGAUAAAGUUGGAAAUUCUGAAAGUCCAAAUACGUUGUCGAGAAAAACUAUUUCUCAGUACUUCUACAUGCCCAUAACAAAAGCAGCAAAAGAGCUCAACGUUGGAUUGACCCUACUGAAGAAAAGGUGUAGAGAAUUGGGAAUCAGAAGGUGGCCUCAUAGAAAACUUGUUUCGCUUCAAACCCUAAUCAAGAAUGUCCAGGCAGAGUUCGAGGAGGAAGGGGGAGGAAAUGAGGGGAAACUGAGAGAAGCAAUAGAGCUGUUAGAGAGAGAAAAGAAAAUGAUAGAGGAUUUGCCUGAUUUGCAAAUGGAGGAAAAAACGAAGAGGCUUAGACAAGCGUGCUUCAAGGCGAACUACAAGAAGAGGAAGCUGAUGGGAAUGGCGGAUUCAGUGGAAGGCUCGUGUAGAGGAAGUGGUGGCGGUGGAAAUUUAAAAGGAAGUAUCGCGUAUGAGAUUAGUCGUGAGGAAGAUGAGGAGCUUAAAGCUCUAUUUUCGGAGUCUUCUUCGAACAGUAAUACUAUUUUUUGA